GACCCUGAUGUUCACAUGUAUCAUCUCCUCAAGGGGUUGCAUGAGUAUUUGACCCAAAAGGAGGAGUUCUCCAUUAUCAUCCUUGGCCUCGAUGGUGCUGGUAAAACGACCUUCCUGGAGAAGGUGAAGAGCCACUACACCGGCAUACCCGGCCUUCCACCAGACCAGAUCGUCCCCACCGUAGGACAAAACAUGGGGAAGAUAACUAUGCCGUCAACGAUCUUGCAGUUCUUCGACUUAGGUGGACAAUCAGGAAUACGGAGCAUCUGGCAUAGAUACUAUGAUGACUGCCAUGCUGUCGUGUAUAUUAUAGAUGCCGCAGACCGAGAACGUUUGAACGAAGGCUGGGAGGUGUUCGAUUCCGUACUCUCUUCGCCUAAAAUCCUCCACGUUCCAUUACUCCUGCUUGCAAAUAAGCAAGACGCUCCAGAGAGCCUCUCAGUAGAAGAGAUACGCGAGAGCUACGAACAGUGGUAUCAGGGCAAGAAAGAUAGCGCUCGCCGUACGUAUGGGGACGAGUCUGAUCAACGACACGAGCGUUUUGCUAGUCUUGAUGUUAUGGGUAUGUCCGCACUUGAAGGAACGGGAGUUAAUGCAGCGGUAGAUUGGUUAUUUAUUCGAGUGCAGAACAGUCGUCGUAGAGAGGAUAAACCAUCAUGA